AUGAAGCCUUUCGUCUACGAUGAAGCUCCCACCCCGCCACGCCCUCAACCCCGGACCCCAUCCUUCCCCUCAUGGAUGCUCGAAAGCAAGAACCGGGCCAGCAUCUCUCUGAAGAGAAAAUCGACCGCCGCACCGCCCAUCCGCAUCAGCGCUCCGUCCGACUUCCGACGAGUGUCGACUUUUCUGCCUGAUGCUGAUAUUGCAGCCGCAGACGGCGGAUUAUACACUCCGCUGGAGCUGAGCUUCAAGGUCCCGGGCCGCCAGCUUCCAACGCUGCCUCAUUUCGAUGACUUUCCCCUCGAGACCGAUCGUCGUUCCCCGACCAUCAUCACCCGGCCUCCGCGAGCCGUAGCCCUAGCCGGCGAGAAAGCUCGUCUGCCUCUGUCUCAGCCUCAGCCGCGAACCCAGCAUAGACCGUCUUCCUCGUUCCAGCUGCCCCGCAAGCCUGUGGGGUCUGGUUCACGUCGUUCGUCCCUCGCAGCGCACGAAUAUCUCGGUUUGGGGGAGAGACAGGCCACCACCGCCAUCACCAGCAACAGCAGAAGCAGUCCCUUCAUCCCUCAUUUCUCGAGCCGUGAUUCUUCUGCUAUUGCUAUCGUGCCAGGCACAAACACAGACGAGCAAAGUCCACGCCGUCAGUCCAACGAUGCAGGAGCAUCCAAGCCCCCCAGAACACCACCCCACCCCAACAACCUGCAGGACAGACCCUUACCAUGCAUCCCCACCACCGAGGAGGAAGAUGAAGAAGAAAAAGAAGAAGGAGAAAAUUCCCCGUCAUCGCGAAGCACAACCUCCCACAGCCAUCCUCCCAGAACCCCCUCCGACGACCGCGAGCGAACCCCCUCCCGCUCCGGCCGCGUCACGCAAUGGCUCUUCCACGCCAGCAACAGCAGCAGUCCAACCACCAAAAACCACUCCCCAGCCCCAUCCCCUCCCACUUGGCUGAACAAGGAAAACCAGUCCCAAAAAGGUGGUAACAGCCCCUUCCGUAUUCGCUCGCGCACCCUCAGCGGAUCGACGCUCGCUUCCUCGAUCACCAAUCUAACCGGAGGAGGCUUCAAGAGCAGCACCGCCACUUCUUCUUGCCCGGCUCCUCCUGCUGCAUUUGCCGCGAAGGGAAUCCCGAACAAAGAGCUAGGCAGUCCAUUCACCCCGCGCCUGCCAGAAGACCGCAGCAUGUAUCCCACCAUCUUCGAGAGCGAAUACCUUCACCAGCAGCAGCGGCAGUCUCACUACUCCCACGCCCACCAGGACCAACCCCAACACCAAGAAGGGGAGUACGAAGACCUGCGCCAAUCCCAGUACUACGAGAACUACCGCCACUCGGCCGUUGGCCUUGCUUUCUGA